AUGAUUGGACUCAUCAACGAUAACGAUGACUCAGAGUACAGGGAGGAGACGCAGAGCCUAGCUACAUGGAGGCGAAGGUCAGAAUGGCAGUGGGCAGCAGACAGAGCUGCUAUUGUCAGUCGCUGGAACUGGCUUCAAGCUCAUGUCUCAGAUUUAGAGUACCGAAUCCGGCAGCAAACAGUUAUGUACAAGCAAAUUCGAGCUAACAAGGGACUGGUAUUACUAGGUGAGAUGCCUCCUUCUGACCAUGUAUUAGGUGAUUCAACCCAUAGUCUUAGUGUUGACUUCAAGCUGGAGCCUGGAAUUGACAGACUGGGCAAUUACAUCUCCCAGCCAUCAGAGAAACUUUGUAUAUCCAUUAGGAAUACCCAAGAGUCUGUACCUGCUAAAACCUAUAGAGUGCCAAGACCAUUCAAUGGAGUCAUCAACACUCUACAGCCAAGCUUGACAGAACAUAGUCAGGGAGAUGGCUCAGAUGCUGAGGAGCUGUUGCGGAAAAAGCAGAGAUUAAAUGUGGUAUCUUCAACUCCUGAUGGAACCUGUGUGGCAGCCCGCAUGCGCCCUGUCCUCAGCUGCAAGAAACGGCGGCUUGUUCAACCCAAUAGUCUGGUUCCACUAUCCAAAAAGGUUCAUCGUAGCAACAUGUGGCAGUGUGGGUGCGAUGUGAACCCUUUGUGUGCUGUCUGUGUUAUGCGAAGUUCAUUGCCUCCAGAAAUCCAGUAUGAAGUCCCUUUGAUGGAGCGUCUCUCACAGUUGGAUUUCUGCAUCCACCCUGAACUUUCAUUCCCAGAUGAUGUACCAGUGAGUUUACACCUUCAGAGCAUGUUGAAAUCCCAGUUGCAGAACAAGCCCUGUGAGAAAAUCAAACCUCCCAAAAAGCUCACAUUGAAGCACCGACCCACUGUGCUUCCCAGCAGUGUCUCUGACUCAGCGCGCAAAGACCGUCACAAGCUGGGUAAUACCUUUUUAGCAGCAGCCACUUGCUCACAUCACAAAAUCGAGCCAGAAAAGGUAUACAGGCAGCCCUUAAACGGUGUGAGGGCUGCCCCCAAGGUCGAGAGAGUGCCAAAGCGCUCACUUAUCCUGAUGGCAGUUCAUGAGAGAAAGCGAUUGCGGGACAGCUCCAAGAGAAGUGAAGUGUUGAAGCAUCAUCCAGAGAUUGGAGGCCCAAGUUACUUGUCAAGUUCUAUGGCCUCCACACCUCAUACUCCACUCAUGCGACAGCUCUUUGCUUCCUCUGAAAAUUCCAUCUCUCCUGUCACCACAAGCUCCCUGGGAAGUUCCAUUGCAGCUCAGCAGCCAAGGAGGAGAAGAGGGGAAAGCUCUUUUGACAUUAACAACAUUGUCAUACCAAUGUCUGUUGCUGCAACAACCAGGGUAGAAAAACUUCAAUACAAAGAAAUUCUUACACCAAGCUGGCGUAUUGUGGAUGUUUGUGCUCUGAAGGGGAAUCCAGAUGAAGACACUGAAGAGAUAGAGAAUAUAUCUGAUGCAGCGUUUGCCACUCUCCAUGCUAGGUAUGAGGAAAUGGAGCGAGCCAGGUGGCUUUGGAAUACAAGUAUGCCACCACAGCGGCGAGGUAGCAGGAUUGCCAAAGCCAUGAUGGACCUUCUAAAGACAGGGAGUACAGGAACGAAACCCCACCCGGGACAACCCCUACAGUGGGACCUAACCUGCCAAAAAGCAUUUGAAAUGCUGAAAGAACUGUUUGCAAAAGAACUGGUGCUGAAGCACCCUGACCCUGAACAACCCUUCAUCAUUCAAGCAGAUGCCAGUGACAUGGCAGUGGGAGCAGUGCUACUCCAAAGAAAUGACCAAGGAAACCUACAGCCCUGCGCCUACACCUCCCAUAAGCUCAUGGACACAGAGAGGCGAUGGGCCGCAUGGGAAAAAGAGGCUUUCAUGAUAAG